AUGAAGCCCGAGUGGUUGGAAGCUCUGUACGUGCAGAGAUUCUUUGCGCCUUGCUCGAUCCACGACACGGCCAAGAAAAACGAGAAGAAUAUUUGCUGUUUGGAUUGUUGCACGAGCAUUUGUCCUCACUGCGUGCUCUCCCAUAGGUCCCAUCGGCUCCUUCAAAUACGCCGCUAUGUGUAUCAUGAGGUUGUACGGUUGGAGGACCUUGAGAAGCUCAUGGAUUGUUCAAAUAUACAGGCGUAUACGAUCAACGCUGCAAAAGUGGUGUUCAUAAAGAAGAGGCCUCAAAACAGGCAGUUCAAAGGGUCUGGAAAUUAUUGCACCUCUUGUGACAGGUCUUUACAAGACCCAUUUAUCCAUUGCUCUCUAGCCUGCAAGGUUGAAUUUGUGGUGAAACACUACAAGGACCUAUCUCCUUUGUUGAGGGUUUGCAAAACCCUCCAACUGAGCCCAGACUUCUUCAUUCCACAAGAGACAUGCGAAGACGACGGAACAAACGAGACGCCUAAUUCGACAGUAGUCGACUACAGCAUGGACGGGCCGUUGAGCUCUUAUUCGGGCUCGUCCGGCUCGGAAAACAUGAUGAUGAGCUUCUCGUGCACCGACAUUGUGAGGAAGAAGAGAAGUGGGCUUUAUUUUUGUGGAAGAUUGUCGUCGAGUAAGAUAAUUACGGAAGAGGACAUGGCCACUAGCAUGAUGAGCAGAAGGAAAGGUGUUCCUCAUAGGUCGCCUCUCUGUUAG